GGGGAGAGCUGUUGGGGGUGCGGAAGGAGGCGAGGUUCAGGGGGGUGGGGCGGCUAGGAGCGGAGAGGGCGACCGGGCUAGUGAACCGCGGCGAGUGAGGGGGCGGCGGCGAUCUAGGAGAAAGAAGAGGCAGCGGGGGUGCGGCCGCAGAGGGGAGCUCCUCCCCCGUUCCCUCACCCCUCUCAGCUCGCCUCUUCGAGCCCCGGGCGGGGCGCGGGACGUGGAGCGGUGUUGGGCGGGGGAGCCGCCGGGAGAAGGGGCCGGAGUGCACCCCAGCUCCGAGCGCACGUCGCUCGCCGCAACUUUGUGGUGGCGCCGCAGGUGUGGGGGCCCGCGGAGGUGUGCAUGUGGGGCGCGAGGGCGUCGCGGGAGAGCGGCCGCUGCCCAGUCCGGCCCCCGCUGGAGUAGCCUGGAGGAAGCGUGCGAGGAGAGAGGUGUGUGCCCUCUUGCUCAUUCUGGAGAAAAAUGCCGGUCCGGAAGCAAGAUACCCAGAGAGCUUUGCACCUCUUGGAGGAAUAUCGUUCUAAACUAAGCCAAACUGAAGACAGACAGCUCAGAAGUUCCAUAGAACGGGUUAUUAACAUAUUUCAGAGCAACCUUUUUCAGGCUUUAAUAGAUAUUCAAGAAUUUUAUGAAGUGACCUUAUUGGAUAAUCCAAAAUGCAUAGAUCGUUCAAAGCAGUCUGAACCAAUACAGCCUGUGAAUACUUGGGAAAUUUCUAGCCUUCCUAGUACUACUGUGACUUCAGAAACACUGCCAAGCAGCCUUAGCCCUAGUGUAGAGAAAUACCGGUAUCAGGAUGAAGAUACACCUCCUCAAGAGCACAUUUCUCCACAAAUUACUAAUGAGGUGAUAGGUCCAGAAUUGGUUCAUGUCUCUGAGAAGAAUCUGUCAGAAAUUGAGAAUGUACAUGGAUUUGUUUCUCAUUCUCAUAUUUCACCAAUAAAGCCAACAGAAGCUGUACCUCCCUCUUCUCCCACUGUCCCUGUGAUCCCUGUCCUGCCAGUCCCUGCUGAGAAUACUGUCAUCCUACCCACCAUACCACAGGCAAAUCCUCCUCCAGUACUGGUCAACACAGAUAGCUUGGAAACACCCACUUAUGUUAAUGGCACUGAUGCAGAUUAUGAAUAUGAGGAAAUCACACUUGAAAGGGGAAAUUCAGGGCUUGGUUUCAGCAUUGCUGGAGGUACAGACAACCCACACAUUGGAGAUGACUCAAGUAUAUUCAUCACCAAAAUUAUUGCAGGAGGAGCAGCUGCCCAAGAUGGAAGAUUGCGGGUCAAUGACUGUAUAUUGCGAGUAAAUGAAGUAGAUGUUCAUGAUGUAACACAUAGCAAAGCAGUUGAAGCAUUGAAAGAAGCAGGUUCUAUUGUGCACUUGUAUGUAAAAAGGCGGAAACCAGUAUCGGAAAAAAUAAUGGAAAUAAAACUCAUUAAAGGUCCUAAAGGUCUUGGAUUCAGCAUUGCUGGAGGUGUUGGAAACCAGCAUAUUCCUGGGGAUAAUAGUAUCUAUGUAACCAAAAUAAUUGAAGGAGGUGCUGCACAUAAAGAUGGUAAACUUCAGAUUGGAGAUAAACUUUUAGCUGUGAAUAGUGUAUGCUUAGAAGAAGUUACUCAUGAAGAAGCAGUAACUGCCUUAAAGAACACAUCUGAUUUUGUUUAUUUGAAAGUGGCAAAACCCACAAGUAUGUAUAUGAAUGAUGGCUAUGCACCACCUGAUAUUACCAAUGCUUCUUCGCAGCAUGUUGAUAACCAUGUUAGCUCAUCUUCCUACUUGGGCCAGACACCAGCAUCACCAAGUAGAUAUUCGCCUGUUUCAAAAACAAUGCUUGCAGAUGAUGAAAUUACAAGGGAGCCUAGGAAAGUUGUCCUUCAUCGUGGCUCAACAGGCCUUGGUUUCAACAUUGUAGGAGGUGAAGAUGGAGAAGGAAUAUUUAUUUCCUUUAUCUUGGCUGGAGGACCUGCUGAUCUUAGUGGAGAGCUUAGAAAAGGAGAUCGUAUUAUAUCGGUAAAUAGUGUUGACCUCAGAACUGCCAGCCAUGAACAGGCAGCAGCAGCUUUGAAAAAUGCUGGCCAAGCUGUCACAAUUGUGGCACAGUAUCGACCUGAAGAAUACAGUCGUUUUGAAGCCAAAAUACAUGAUUUACGGGAACAGAUGAUGAACAGUAGCAUUAGUUCAGGAUCAGGUUCUCUUCGAACUAGCCAAAAGCGAUCUCUCUAUGUCAGAGCACUCUUUGAUUAUGAUAAGACUAAAGAUAGUGGUCUUCCCAGUCAGGGAUUGAACUUCAAAUUUGGAGACAUCCUACAUGUAAUUAAUGCUUCUGAUGACGAAUGGUGGCAAGCCAGGCAAGUUACACCAGAUGGUGAAAGUGAUGAAGUUGGGGUGAUUCCAAGUAAACGCAGGGUUGAGAAGAAAGAGCGAGCUCGAUUAAAAACAGUGAAAUUCAACUCUAAAACCAGAGAUAAAGGGCAGUCAUUCAAUGACAAGCGUAAAAAGAACCUCUUUUCCCGAAAAUUCCCCUUCUACAAGAACAAGGACCAGAGUGAGCAGGAAACAAGUGAUGCUGACCAGCAUGUAACUUCUAAUGCCAGCGAUAGUGAAAGUAGUUACCGUGGUCAAGAAGAAUAUGUCUUAUCUUAUGAGCCAGUGAACCAGCAAGAAGUUAACUAUACUCGACCAGUCAUCAUAUUAGGACCUAUGAAAGACAGGAUAAAUGAUGACUUGAUCUCAGAAUUUCCUGACAAAUUUGGAUCAUGUGUUCCUCAUACAACUAGACCAAAGCGAGAUUAUGAAGUAGAUGGAAGAGAUUAUCAUUUUGUGACAUCAAGAGAACAGAUGGAAAAAGAUAUCCAGGAACAUAAAUUCAUUGAAGCUGGCCAGUAUAACAACCAUCUGUAUGGAACAAGUGUUCAGUCUGUGCGAGAAGUAGCAGAAAAGGGCAAACACUGUAUCCUUGAUGUGUCUGGAAAUGCCAUAAAGAGAUUACAGAUUGCACAACUUUACCCAAUCUCCAUUUUUAUUAAACCCAAAACCAUGGAAAAUAUCAUAGAAAUGAAUAAGCGUGUAACAGAAGAACAAGCCAGAAAGACGUUUGAAAGAGCCAUGAAACUGGAACAAGAGUUUACAGAACAUUUCACAGCUAUUGUACAGGGAGAUACGCUGGAAGAUAUUUACAACCAAGUGAAGCAGAUCAUAGAAGAACAGUCUGGUCCUUACAUCUGGGUUCCAGCAAAAGAAAAGUUAUGAGGACUAAUAUUUCUCUGUUUCUCUUUUCCACAUCUUUUUUAUUUUGACAUUUUGCCCUUUUCCUUUCUGGAUUCUGUCUUCAACACUCCUUCAUGUUGAUUGAUAUCCUUUUCAUCAUGGUCUGUAGUUUCACUUAUUUUUCAAUCUAGUGUCUCCUUCAAGUUGUAACAUCUAUAUUAUUUUAUGUCACUAUUGGUUUAUGGCCAUUUUGCAGAACUGAAGAUGGAAUGGCCUGACCAGCUAUUAAGAAUUUGGGGAAACGGGGAAAUUGUGGUAAAAUUCCUUAAUGUUUAAGGGAAAGUAACUUUAAGAGAUUUUCAGAAAAGCUUUAUAUACAUUCUUUUCAAAUUUCAAUAUAAAUGAAAGAAAAGUGGUUUUAAUCAGUGAUUUAGUAAAUUUGAGCAUCAUUGCAUGCUUAACUUUAAUAGCAUGGUUUGGCCAAUAUAUUAGCUUUCAAGUCCUUUUCUCAAUUGACCUCUGUUAUCAAAGCAAAUAUUUCAUAUUAGACAAAUAAGGAAAAUACAUGUUUUUUAAUUUCAAAAUUAAUGUCUGGUUUAACUUUCAUAAUUUCACAAGGGAUAUUCAUUUUUCAUAUGAACUCUUGAAGUCUUAUUGUUUGAAGUUUUUUUUUUCCAGUAAAUUUGCUAGAAUAAUAAUGUUUAAAUGUUUUUAAUCUACGUGUGCAACACUAUUUAUAGUGUCUUACAAAAAUCAUUCAUACAUAGUGAUCAUCACAUCUUCUGAAUUGAGGCCGUGUUUAGGUGCUAGGGACACUCACCUUUUAUAUAAGGUCAAGAAAAUGUGAUCAACAUAAAUACAGACACAGCAGACAUUACAUGGUGAUGUAGUAAGCAUUAAAGCAAUGGAAAAGGAGUCCAAUUCAUAGUCUAAAAUUUUAAAUGUAUUCUUAGGGGUCAGAUUUUAAUGAAUAUUUUACCCACAAUAACUGCCUAUUUUGUUAUAAUAAAAUAUAUAUAAAUAUAUAUAAAACUUUCUUUAACUAAACUCUGUAACUAUGGGAAUUAUUUUCUUUACAUAGUUGCACACACACACAAACAUAUAUAUAUAUAUAUUUAAAAUAUAUUUUUUUCUUUUACCACCUACUCUUAACUUUUUGUUUGGUUUUUAAUUUAAAUAAUAAUUGAUUAGACUUUAUCUUCCUUAAUCAUGUGAAUUGAAAACAGGGGUAUGGUGGUUAUGGAAAGAAAUCUCUAGGAAAUUAGAUUACAAGUAAAAGUAUGGGCAUGUUCUCCUCUUUUCUACAAAAGUUUCCAAAUGGUUACUAAUUUGUUUUUUGUUUUUGUUUUUUUGUUACUAUUGUUUCUUGUCAGUGGAUUUAGAUUUGGUCCUCAGGUUCUCCUCCUUUCAUUAAUAGGAAACAGACAAAAGUCCCGUGUGUGAGUGUUUUCCUCUCACUGCACCUUUCAUCUCUUGUCGCUGCUCUGCACUAGAGUUGCACAGAUCUUCAUGAAGAGCAAUUUUAAGAAAUUUUAGUGAAAGGUAGAUAUGAUUUCAGAAAUCAAUUCUUUGAUUUUUUAUAUCAUCGUUUGGCUUCCCAUUGCUUUUUUGGAGUUGUUUAUUAAAUAUGUGUUAUUGAUGACCUCCACGUUACAAUUUCUUAAACAAGUACUGGUUUGUAAGAAUUAUCAAUAUUAUCCAUUCCAUUUAUGAGAAAGAGGAGAACAGCUAAUAAACUUUAUUGUAAAAUCUAUGUAUCAGAUGUGUCUUGAAUUCUAAAAGAAAAGUUGGUUUACAAGCUUAUGUUUUCUUGCAACAGUUUGGGGUAUCACAUAAUCUAUAAGCUGAAUUCACAAGCCAUUAGACAACCUAAUCAAAUUUUCUUCAGGUUAACACAUUGAAAUAUAUGCAAUGAUUGUUACACUCAGUAUGGUGGGUUAUUACUAAACAACGUACUUGAGGAAAAUUGUUAUAAAAUAAACUCAAGAACCCUGGAAAUCACCUUAGAAAACCCAACAUAAGCUAUUUUGAGGUUUUACUGGCCACAUCAGAUACCAUAAGUUUAUAAAAUAAUGCCAUUUAUGUGUUAAAAUAGGUAUUACAUUACUUUCUAGAUGGUUUUGGUAAAUGGUUUUCUUAUAAGGAAAUUUUGGGAUAGCUCUUUGAUUGUACAAAUUAAAAGUACUAGUGUGGUGCAGUGGCCACUUCAGUAUAUCAUUUAACUUUUUUU